GAGGAGCAGCAGAGGAGAGCUGCNCAGAGGAAAGCUGCACAAGAGGAGCAGCAAAAGAAAGCUGCACAAGAGGAGCUGCAGAGGAAAGCUGCACAAGAGGAGCAGCAGAGGAGAGCUGCCCUGAUUGAGGAGCAGCAAAAGAGAGCUGCACAAGAGGAGCAUCAGAGGAGAGCUGCACAAGAGGAGCAGCAAAGGAGAGCUGCAAAAGAGGAGCAGCAAAGGAGAGCUGCACAAGAGGAGCAGCAGAGGAGCGCCACUGAGGAGGAGCGGCAAAGAAAAGCUGCACAAGAGGAACAGCGAAGGAGAGCUUCUCUGAUUGAGGAGAAACAAAAGAGACCUGCAAAAGAAGAGCAGAAGAGGAGUGCUGCACAAGAGGAGCAACAGAGUCGAGCUGCAAUAGAGGAGCAGCAAAUAAUUGCUGCUCUGAUUGAGGAGAAGCAAAGAAAAGCUGCACAAGAGGAGCCACAAAAGAUAACAAAAAAGAGGGAGGAGAAAAGACCUGCUGAAAUUGAGCAGGAAAACAUAAGGACACAGAGAGAGGAGGAGAACAAGAAAGCUACUGAUAAAGAGAAAAUAAUUAUGAAAGAGGAGAGAGCUAGACAACUUGAGGAGAGCCAGGCAGAGAAGGGGAGGAGGGAAGCACAAGAACAGAUAGCUCAAAGAGAGGAUGAAAUCAUGGCUAAAAAGAGAGAAGAAGAAGAAAAGCUUGUGUCUCAGAGAGAAAAAGAGAGAGCUUCUCAGAUGGAGGAGCACAAAAGAGCAGCACAAAUGAUGGAUGCUCUCCAGUACUACGCCAUAUCCUCUACAGAAUCAGAGCGGAAACCCAAAGAUAGAAAACUACGCUCCCCUUUACCUUCCCAACAAAACAAACAUCCAUCAGUUCGUGAGUCAAAUGAGGACUCAGGAUACCACACUCGGUCUUACAGGUCCCAUGCCUCUGCAUCUCCAGCUCCUUCUCUGCCCCGCUCCAACACCUCCUCUCCUGCUCUGGGAGCCAAGCCCUCAAUGUUCAGGGUGAAGGAUAACACAAUGAGAGGUUCUCCUUUCACCAAGUCAGUCAAACCACGUUUCCAUAAGAACUUUGGAGAGGACUUCCGUGUGGGUUCCCCCAUGGAAAGGGUGUCAGAGCAAGGAGAAGAGGAGCAGGAGAUAAUGAGACAUAGUGCUGGAGUUCCUGUCCAUCCUGACACAGGGUUAAAAAAACAUGGUGUUUUUAAACAACCUUCAUCACAGGAUUACUCUGCCCAUCUCCCACAACACAGGCCUUACUCCAGGAGGAGCAUUGUUCUAGAUGAAGAUGACUCCCGCUCUGUCAUGAGCAAUAUGUCAGAAGAUGUGGAGAGUUUUGCCACCAGUGCUGCAGACCUGGCAGAUAUACGAGGCUUGUAUGACCUCGAUAGGCCAGAAUCGGCCUGUAGUUACAGCAGUGAUGUGUCUCGUUCAAUGGGCAAGCCUCCAGUUGUUCCCCCAAAGAGUGAGAAAGCCUUACGUAGGGCAAAAAGGUUGACUACUCGGAGGAUAAAGAAGGAGUCGUGCAAAGCAGGAGAAGACAGCCCUGCUGGAGUUGAAAAACCUCUUCAAGAAGUCCCUCCUCCCUCCUCCUCCACUGAGGUACACUCCUCCAACAAACAUGCUGUGGCUUCCCCUCAUUUUUCCUCUCCCGUGUCCCUUGCUCAUGCUCCAGCAAUGGAGUCUGGCUUGCCUUCUUCCCACACAGAGCACACAUUCUCUCACCACUCUGUCCACACUUUGCCUCAUGCCUCUGGUCCUGUCUCCCUCCCAGUUCCCUUGCCUCAUGCUGCUGCCGCUGUUAUCCUCCCAGUUACCUCACCUCAUGCUACUGGCCCUGCUUCCCACACUGCUGCUCUUAAAACAGUUUCUCAUGUUUCCUCUUCUCCCACUCUCCAUUAUGCCAACCAUCCAGCUCCAGUGACACAGUACCAUGUUGAAUCAAGCUAUCCCCAGUCCUACCCAAUGACCCAGCGCAAGGUGCUGCAAGACCUCGGCUCCGGUCAGUAUUUUGUAGUGGACGUACCUGUUCAAGUGAAAACAAAGACUUUCUUUGACCCACAGACAGGAAAGUAUGUUCAGCUGAAUGUGCGUGAAUCUGGCAAGAGCACCUCCCAACCCCAGCCCCAACAAACCUACUCUCAGCCCCAGCUCCUUGCCCAAACGAAGAUGAAGUCACAGCAACAGCCCAUCUCCCAGGCCUCUCCAACUGGCAAGCCCCUUAUGCUUUAUCAAGGCUACCAUGGGUAUUCCCAAGGUUACCAACCAGCAGCGGUCAACUCCAUGCCUCCCCACAGCUCAUCAGCCCCCUUGACUCACCAACAGAACCAACAGCCUGUCAGGGAGAACCCCAGCUACGGAUAUCCAGCCCCUGAAAUCAGACCGUACUCUGAAGGGCAUCGCUACAGCCCAGAGAAGACACCGUACAUGGACACAGUUAAUGAUACAGAGAAAACAUAUAACACAGUUUACAACACACAUGGCUCAUAUGAGGUGCUCCCAGAGUGUGACACAAAUAGCCAGCUUGCAGGAAGCUCCGUGUGUGAAAAUGAAAACUCAGCCCACUCACGAUAUCAACCCAGAGAUAUAAUAACUAUCGGUGAACUGGAAGACUUUAUGGAGGUGUCUGACUGGUGAGAACACAGACUGAUUAAUUAUGUACAAAUUAUGCAAAGCAUCAAAAGGCUUAAUAAAGUAUUUGAUUAUAUAAAGAUACCCAAAAGAAAUGAGUGAAUGGAUUGUUACAUGCAGUAUUUGAAGUGACUUUUUCCAAGUGAAUCGAUUGUAGUUUUAACAGGUCACUUUUUGAGAUGCUGUUAAAUUGUUGCUGCUGAUUGUAGAGAUUCAAUGUUUAGCUAUUUAUUGUGUUACAGAUAAGUUCACCAUUCCAUUAACAUAUGAACGUGAGAAGCUGAGAUAUGUGUAUACAGUGUGAUCAGUAUUACUGUGCCUCGUAAACCUAGAAGGAGUUUCUCAUACAUUAAACAGCAGAAGAAUGUCAACAGUGUUUAGUAGGUUGGUGGUCUCUGCUAUGAACACUGACCUGUUUAACUUUUACAUUUUUGAUGCAUGAGAUAUAUAGAUCUGCAAAUUUGUAUAUUCAACCACUGUGUCAAAGUGAAAUCAUGAUGAUAGGAUUGUUGCUGUAAUUAAGGUUUUGUUUCAUACAGUAGUCCAUUUUGGAAAAUUCAAAGUUUGUAGGCAUUUUUCUGUGUUGCUGUGAAACAGAGUAGUGUGACAUAGACUUGUUCAGCCAAUAAAAACACACCUAAUUCAACCAAACAAUUCGUCAUCACAAUGACUGUCUUACAAAA